GCUGUGGCUCCUUAGAGGUGCAGGGAAAUGCACUCUGUACAUGUUCGGAGGCAACUCCUCUCUAUCUCCUUUUCCCAUGAUUAAGCCCUGGAAUUCAAAAUAGGUUCCAAAGCUGAAGCCUGACUCUGAGUAAGCCCUGACUUUGCCUCCCUGUCUCCUUUCUGAUGCUGCAUUGCUGGCAAAUGGAGGGUUACAGAGCAUCAGUUUUGCAAGAAGGGGAGGGGAAUUGACAGAGACAAAAAAGGCCAGUCUCCCGAGUUCCAGCCUGAGCUUAUCUGAGGGUUGGAAGGCACUGAAGCUCAGCACAGGAGCACCUUCACAUGGAAUGCCCAGGAUGGAGGCUACUAGACUCGUGCCUCCAGUUUGGAUGUGACAUUCCCGGUGUCUUUAGAAGCCCUCUGCCCAGUGUUACUUAGAAUCAGCUCCAAAAUCCCACGAGGAGAUUGCUGUCCUUAUGACUUGAAGGAUUAUGCGGAAACAGAAUGAAACUGCCACGCUCAUCUGCAUGGGCCCUUAAGGAUGCAACAGGUUCUACAUGGAAGCUCAGAAACUUUUGCAUGGCUUUUGAGGUUCUGUUAGAAGCCAGAACUCAGUGAGACGGCACAGGUCUUGAACUCUGGGAUUUAGGGACUGCCUUCCAGAUGACUCUGAUAAUGGAACCCAAUGCCAGCCUCCCAAGGAACUGGAGCAUCCCUGAGGACCCUUUCGUGGGGCUCCAGCUCCUGCUGCAGUUCAAGCCCCUCUUCAUUCCUCUCUACUGCCUCCUGGUGGUGGUAGCCUGUCUGGGCAACCUGUUCUUGGUGUUCUGCAUUGUGGCGGAUGAGAAGCUGCACAACGCCACCAACAUUUUCUUGGGCAACCUGUCAGCCGGUGACCUCCUAAUGUGCUUGACUUGCGUGCCUCUGACUGUCUCUUACGCCUUCGAGCGCCGUGGCUGGCUCUUUGGGCGGGCCAUGUGCCACGUCAUCAUCCUCCUACAAGCAGCCACAGUCUACGUUUCGGUCCUCUCACUUGCUGCCAUUGCCGUGGACCGCUACGUGGUGGUGGCCUACCCCGUGCGGAGGCGCAUCCCCAUGCGCUACUGUGUUCUGGUGGUGGCCGCCAUCUGGGUGGCCUCUCUGGCCUUGGCGGCUCCACCCUCCUUCCAUUCCGUGUACCUGGACCUCAGCAGCACAGGCCACGACCUCUUCAUUUGCGAGGAGUUCUGGAGCCACAUGGAGACCCUGCGGUUGGCCUACUCGUGCGCCAUGCUCCUCCUCAGCUAUAUGGUGCCCCUCGUGGCCGUCACCGCCUCCUACUGCUCCAUCUUGGCUCACUUGCAGCGAAGGAACAUCUUGGGUUUAGCAAACCCCAGUCAGGCUCAGUGGAACAAGCAGAAACGCAAGACCUUCACCAUCCUGCUCGUCGCCAUCCUGGUGUUCUCCUUGUGCUGGAUGCCUCUCCAGAUCCUCAACCUCAUUCGAGACCUGGACCCCAAUUUCUUGAUCCUCAGCAAAAGGUACAUCAACGUGGCCCAGCUCGCCUGCCACUUCACUGCCAUGACUUCUGCCUGCUACAACCCUUUUAUCUACGCCUCGCUCCACCACAAGUUCAGGGCCCACCUUCGAGGCCUUUUCUGCCGGAGCAAGAGCAGCCGAGACCGGCGCACACUCUCGGCCAAGCCAGGCCAGGCCAGUAACAGUCAUGGCCCUGGUCCUGCCAUGACUAGAGUGUGACUGGGGACGCUUGCCUUGCCCAGAUGGGGGAGUCUCCUGCACCCAGGUGUGAAUAUUGUUGGGCAAAAAGGACCGUGAGAAGUUCCAGCACCACCUGGAUUUGGUUUCCUUUGGAAAGUGGUGGCGUUCUCGGAAUCUUUGCUUUAUUUAGAAAAGCAGCAGUUCUGCUACUCCACAUCAGGUUCCCAGAGAAGAGGCCCUUACUGCCCAAGAUCCCUUCAGUGAACCCGCGGCUCUCUUUGCCUCACUUGUCACACAUGCAUCCUUCUUCCCCUUAUUUGUAUGUAUACAUGUCACUCUUCUGGAUAUCUCAUUCAAAAAUGCAGAGAGACGCCUAGCUAUCAGGAGACCCCCUCCGAACCAUUAGCUCCCACUGAAAUAAACAACCAUUUGGAAGGCAAAUGUUGGAAGGCACACAAAUGUGUGCAAGGCCAACUCAACUGGCCUUGCGCACAUUGGAAGGAACAUCUUUGUCUGCCAGACAUAGAAUCGACACUUGCUUCUUUGAGGACCUCGGACCCUGCCAGAGGCUACCUCUGUGCAACAUCUCCUUCCCCUGGAACUCUUAAAGCAAGGACAGGGGAACUGUGCCCCUCCAGGCGUUCUUGGACUACAACUCCCAUCAUCCCUGACCGUUGGCUAUGCUGGGCGGGGUUGAUGGGAGUUCAGUGUCUGGCAGGCACACAGUUCCCCCAUCCCUGUCUUCAAAACCAAACCAAACCAGGGGCCUCUCUUGUCGUAGAAUAUAUUGUCCCAGCUUUCCCCAACCUGGUACCCUCCAGAAGCUGCCAGAUUACAACUCUGCUAAUCCCUGACCAUUGGCCAUGCUGGCUAGGGCUGAUGGGAGCUAGAGUCCAAAGCAUCUAGCAGGUGCCAGGCUCAAUAAAGUUGUCAUCCAAAACAUCCGGAGGCCAUCAGAUUGGCAAAGGCGGGUUUCAGUUCAUGGCUCGCUAAGAUUUGACCUGAGGUCCUCCCAGGGCACAGAUUUGAACCCCUACCUCAAGCCAAAACAUAUAGAUAUUGAAUCUGGCAGCCCUCUUUUAGAUUGUGAAGGGACAAAGGGCAGAGGCGGCUGGUCUCCAAGGUCAUGUGGAGCCAAUAGCAGGUUUCACUUCCGAAAUGGAUGGAUUAAUUCCAUUUUGAAAUGGGCUCCUACGAGGAGAAAGGGGUUGCCUCCUGUCUCCUUCUACAUAUUCCUUGGUGCCAAAUUCCAUUUUCUUAAGUGGCAACAGAAAAUAGGAGAGAAGUGAAGUGGUCUGGGUAAUCACAUUUUCCAGGGCCAAGAGGCAACCUGAGAGUAGAGAGAGAGGUGGUGCCGAAGUGCACCAACCACCGAAAUCGACAUUCCAGACAGGUCAGUCCUGCAAUAAGACAAACAGGAAUCGAAGGCCGGUGAAAUUAAGUGGGAGGCAAUGCUGUGCAGUGGGUGGAAAGUGGAUUGUGCUUCACCGAUUCAGUGACUGCCAGCUCAACCAACAAAGGCGAACUUUGCAAAUCGAUCCUUGUGCAGAGCUUGCGCGUGGUUGUUAAAAAGAAAAGAACAGACUGUUGGUCUUUCGGUCGCCUUUGAGACGCACCUAGCUUAUUUCAAGGGAUCAAGCUGUGGUCGGCUGCAAGCCAUGUUGUCAGAUGUUGGGAUGGACCAAACAGCAGCAAGCAUCCAAAAGCAGCCUUCUCCAAGCCGGUGCCCUCCAGACAUUUUGGACUACAAUUCCCAUCAGCCCUUGCCAGCACAGCCAUACUUAUGGGAGUUGUAAUCUGAAAAGUCUAGAAGGUGCAAGGUAGGAAAAGGCUGAUCUAAAAGCUGCUGGUUGGAUUUUUAAAAGAGAAGUGCAUCUGUGGAAUCUUGCUUUUACAGACAAUUAACACACUUUAACUUCUGCCAAUGGCAUUUGAUGAUGAGAAAUGAAUCCUAUAUAAUAAUCUUUAUUGUUACAGUCAAUGACCAGCAUGAGGUAAUCAGAUAAAAUUGUUAAAACACAAUACUAUAAAAUAGUGUAUAUAUAUAUAUAUAUAUAUAUAUAUAUAUAUAUAUAUAUGCCUGCCGCCCAAAACAUUUUGUCAGCUGCUGUGAUGGUGCAAGCAUUAAACGUGU